CCGCCACCGCCGCCGCCGCCGCGUCGCCGCCCCACCGAGCCGAAGAGGAGGGGGCGUUCCCCGGACCAUGGCAUCCACCGAAGGUGCCAACAACAUGCCCAAGCAGGUGGAAGUACGGAUGCUCGACAGCCAUCUGAGCUCAGAGGAGCCGAAGCACAGGCCCCUGGGCCUGCGCCUGUGUGACAAGCUGGGGAAGAAUCUCCUGCUCACACUGACUGUGUUUGGUGUCAUCCUGGGGGCGGUAUGUGGAGGGCUUCUUCGCCUGGCAUCUCCCCUCCACCCUGAUGUGGUUAUGUUGAUAGCCUUCCCAGGGGAUAUACUCAUGAGGAUGCUCAAAAUGCUCAUUCUGCCUCUCAUCAUCUCCAGCUUAAUCACGGGUCUGUCGGGCCUGGAUGCUAAGGCCAGUGGACGCUUGGGCACGAGAGCCAUGGUGUAUUACAUGUCUACGACCGUCAUCGCCGCGGUGCUGGGGGUCAUCUUGGUCUUGGCUAUCCACCCGGGGAACCCCAAACUCAAGAAGCAGCUGGGACCCGGGAAGAAAAACGAUGAAGUGUCCAGCCUGGAUGCCUUCCUGGACCUCAUCCGAAACCUCUUUCCUGAAAACCUUGUCCAAGCGUGUUUUCAACAGAUUCAAACGGUGACCAAGAAAGUCCUGGUGGCACCUCCAUCAGAUGAGGAGGGCAAUGCCACCAACACUGUCAUCUCAUUAUUGAAUGAGACUGUGACGGAGGCACCUGAAGAAGCGAAGGUGGUUAUCAAGAAGGGCCUGGAGUUCAAGGAUGGCAUGAAUGUCUUAGGUCUGAUAGGGUUUUUCAUUGCUUUUGGCAUCGCCAUGGGGAAGAUGGGAGAGCAGGCCAAGCUGAUGGUGGAAUUCUUCAACAUUUUGAAUGAGAUUGUAAUGAAGUUAGUGAUCAUGAUCAUGUGGUACUCUCCUUUGGGUAUCGCCUGCCUUAUCUGUGGAAAGAUCAUCGCAAUCAAGGACUUAGAAGUGGUUGCUAGGCAACUGGGGAUGUACAUGGUCACGGUGAUUGUGGGCCUCAUCAUCCAUGGGGGCAUCUUUCUCCCCUUGAUUUACUUUCUAGUCACCAGGAAAAACCCUUUCUCCUUUUUUGCUGGCAUUUUCCAAGCUUGGAUCACUGCCCUGGGUACUGCCUCCAGUGCGGGAACUUUGCCUGUUACCUUCCGUUGCCUGGAAGAAAACCUGGGGAUUGAUAAGCGGGUAACCAGGUUUGUCCUUCCAGUCGGAGCAACCAUCAACAUGGACGGCACAGCCCUUUAUGAAGCGGUGGCCGCCAUCUUUAUUGCCCAAAUGAAUGGUGUUGUCUUGGAUGGAGGCCAGAUUGUGACUGUGAGCCUCACGGCCACACUGGCGAGCGUCGGUGCGGCCAGUAUCCCCAGCGCGGGCCUCGUCACCAUGCUGCUCAUCCUGACGGCUGUGGGCCUGCCGACGGAGGACAUCAGCCUGCUGGUGGCUGUGGACUGGCUGCUGGACAGGAUGAGAACUUCAGUCAAUGUUGUGGGUGACUCCUUUGGGGCUGGGAUUGUCUAUCACCUCUCCAAGUCUGAGCUGGAUACUAUUGACUCCCAGCACCGUGUGCAUGAAGAUAUUGAAAUGACCAAGACUCAGUCCAUGUAUGAUGACAUGAAGAACCAUAGGGAAAGCAACUCUAAUCAAUGUGUCUAUGCCGCCCACAACUCUGUCAUAGUAGAUGAGUGCAAGGUAACUCUGGCAGCCAAUGGAAAGUCAGCCGACGGCAGUGUUGAGGAAGAACCUUGGAAACGUGAAAAAUAAGGAUGACUCUCAGCAAAUCUUGCAUAAACUCCCCAGCUUAUCCUCUGGUAAAAGAGAGUAUGAAACAAGCUUUCUUUAAAAAGAAAAAAAAAAUGCAUUUAUUUCCGUCUUUCCUUAAUCUGUUAGCCGAGGCUUCGAGGAUCUGUUGUGAGUCAGUAGGCACGGUGCCGUGUCUUUGCCAAGUAAUGCUUCAUAACCAUCUCAUUCUCUCAACUGUAUUAUUGUUUGAAUGGAUGCUGCUGGAGGAACCAGUUGGAACUGAACAUGCAUUCUUGCCAGCUUCCCUUUUCUCUCUAAAUGCAGAGCCAUGGACGCUCUUUUCCCAGGGGAUACAACUAAAGCAUGUGGCGCCCUCGGGGGACGUGGGAUACCGAGCACUCAGUGUGUGAUCCCUUCAAGUGUUUUUCAUGCUUCUGCUUCAUUACGCACAAGAGAUUCUGUUAGAAGCCUCUAGUUCUCUCGAAAUGUCUUGUAGAGUUUGCCCAUGUGUUGAUUAAAAGCAGAUACCUUGCCUUAGGGAACUCUGAUAAUCUAGCUUCUGUAUACUCUUGAAACUAAAUCUUCCAGAAAGAAUUCUAGUGGGAGCUGUCCUCCUCAUGACAAUGGAUCACGGAGCCCACUGAGUUUCUGCUCGACCCUUCUCUAGUCUGUGGAAAUAGUCAUUGACAUUUCAGAGUAUGUGUCAUAAUUUGCUUCAAAUUGGAUAACAGAUUAGGAUGUAAUUUGCACAUAGCCCGCCGUAUAUAUUGACAAAAGCAAGAGACCGUGGCCAACACAGACUUGAGCCAGAUUCAAACAAUCCAAUUCGUUUGGGAUUGGUUUGCAUUCGCCUGACAGUGAAAUCAAGUGAGACUAUUUGGUUUAUGCUUUCCUUUCUUUGUUUCAGCCCUAAAAUUCGUGUUUGGGUUUCUAACCAAAAAAGGCAUUUUUAAUUCCCAAAUGGUUUCAGCGAUUGUCUCAUUAACCUGGAAGACCUAAUCAUUUUACGCUCCUCACCAAGGGAGGACAGUUAUGUUGGUUAUGCCUCUUUUAACACCACCUCUUGAUAAAAGCAAAGCACUGUCGUUGAUCUAAUAUGCAGAAAGCUUUUGGUGGUAUUCUAUCAAAGCACAUAAAACCAGGUACAGGGCACAGUUGAAAGCAGAGCCAGUCUUCCUCCCCAGUCUUCUCUGUGUCAAGGCACAGAAAAUAAGCACUUGUAAAUCCCUAUAAAGGUGACAUUCCUGUGGCAAAGUCAAGAAAACCUUGAGCCAUGAAAUGGGAGCACAUGAUGGCCCCUCACAGGUUCACAAAUGGAAUCUUUUCAAGGCUGUCAUGGUUUGAGGAAGUCAAUAAUGCAAGUGGAUUAGCACAGUGCCUUGUAUGCCACAGGCACCCAACGAAUCCUGAUGAUAGAUUGUGCAAGCUAAGUCUGUCGAUGUCUCUCCUAUUAUUUUUCUGUUGAAUAACUCACAGUAUUUUCCUAAGGUUGCUGGCUUUGGGAGUUUGCUGAGAACUUGAACAUGAAUCACUGAGAAAUAAAGCCCACUUGACUAACUCUGA